AUGGCUCUGAAGAAGUCUCAUAUGGUACUUGUCCUGCUGGGGUUCUUCCUAGUGGGACUGGCCCAGCUAUCAGCCGGCGCAGAGUCUGCUGCAGAGAAGUUUCAGCGGCAGCACAUGGAUACAGAGCACUUGACCGCCAAUAACAGCAACUACUGUAACCUCAUGAUGAAGGCCCGGAACAUGACCACAGACAGAUGUAAGCCUAUCAAUACUUUCAUACAUGAGCCUAAGGAAAUAGUUGAUGCUGUCUGCCAGGAGGAGAACAUCACCUGCAAGAAUGGGCAGACCAACUGUCACCAGAGUAGUUCGCCUCUGAUUCUCACCCAGUGCACCGAGAGUGGAGCCUCCCAAUUCCCCAAUUGCCUGUAUGACACGACCUAUCUUAACAACCCUAUCAUUGUGGCCUGUGAGGGGGAUGUCUAUGUGCCUGUGCAUUUUGAUGCAUAUGUGUAG